UUCAACUUCCUUAUUACAGCUGGGACUUCCACUUACAGUCCCGUGAAUGCAGCAGAGGAGAGGGGAGCGCGAGGGAGUUCGUCUCUAACGCUUCCCGCUCCUUGCUGCAUCACCCGGACCCGGAUUCAGUGGACUGGACUGGACAGGAUUCGGUGUUCUAUUGUUCCACGGUUUGAAGAAAGGGGCCCCGCCCACGGCCCCACAUUCCCUGUAAACACCCCUGGCAGAAUGAUGUAAAGAGCUCGAAGUGGCCGAUUGGCCAAUCCAAAGAGCGGACGGACUCCAUGUCGGACUUUCCCUCCCUCCCUCCCUCCGCUCCUGUGCAGCGCGGUUACAGUGAUGCCUCUGCAGCUCACAGACGGAACGACACAGGAAGACUGGAGCGCACGGGACCCUACGAUCCAAGUGACGUCCUACAUGAUCGAUCCACACUUGUAAUAAUCGCAAACCUGAGAGGCAAUUUGAACCACAUUCUGAGGAUUAUUCUGGAGGCGAGUCCUGGACUAACAGUGAGCCGUGUUGACAGUGAGGUGGAGAAAUGUGCACGCAUGGAGGACGAGGAGCGUGGAAUUAAUCACAGGAGAGGAAAGAUACCGAAGAUGAGACACUAAAGGAGAGCUAGUUUCGGGGCCUGUGCAGACUUCUGGCGGCAGCGGUUGGAUGUGCAUGUCGACGCAGCCACGAUGACUAUGAAAGGCCUGUCCGGCAGCCGCAGUCACCACCACGCGGUGACCUGCGACCCCUCUUACGACUCCAUGACGCUGGGGCACUCGCACUUCCUCAACGCCGGGGAGGCUCACCCUGCUGACCACACCUGCUAUGCACAGCGCAACUCUGAGUGCAGCGCGUACCCUGAUCUGGCCAGCUGCACCUUCCCGCGCAGACAUUACAGCUCCCACCACGAGCUGAAGGAGGAGUGCAGCGCUCUGGUGCCUUACACAGGGCCAAAGGGGGGCAGUAAGGGAAGCGGGGGAGGCGGAGGAAACAACACUCGCAUCGCCUCUAACCUGCUGGAGCAGUUUGAGUGCCAGCCACCGGCACGGCAUGAAGGCUACCACACACUGCAGUACAAGCGCACUGCAGUGGAGCACCAACGCAGUGACAGCCCGGGCCGCAUCCGCCACCUCGUUCACUCUGUCCAGAGGCUUUUCACUAAGUCUCACUCUCUGGAGGGGCCCUCGGGGUCUGGUGGAGGAGGGAGUGGGAGGAUGAACGGCAGCAAAUCCAGUCCCGAUGAUCCUCCCUCUUCCUCUGGCACGCUGAAGCACAGCAAGCGCAGCAAGAGCAAGGACCGCUCAAAGUCGGAGCCCAAGAUGCGCACCGCCAUUUCGGGCUACUGGAGCUCGGACGACACGCUCGACCGGGAGGUCUGCCUCUACCACCAUCACCAUGCAGGAAGCACCGGAGGCCUGGCCUCUGGGGUCAUGACGAUGGGCCGCCACCCGGACAAAUCUCAAUCUCAGUACUUCAUGGAGUCCUACAACACAAUCAGCGCCCACUCUCUGAAGACGUCGCGCAGCAACAACGACGUGAAGUGCUCGACGUGCUCCGGGGGCAGCGGCAGGGGGCUGCCGCUGGUGAGCGCGCUGGACAGCCAGGUGCAGCUGAAGAAGAGCUCGUGGUCCUCGACUCUGACGGUGAGCAGAGCAAGAGAGGUCUACCAGAAAGCCUCAGUCAACCUAGAUAAAGCUCUAGUGAAAGCCGAGCAGGGACGCACCUGCCACUUCCUACAGGUGCCUCAGGACGACUGGAGCGGCUUCUCGCCGCUGGGGAAGGACGAUGAGAUCCCGUGCCGGCGGAUGCGCAGCGGCAGCUACAUCAGAGCCAUGGCAGAGGAAGACAGCGGCGACUCGGACUGCAGCCCCAAGCCCUCGCCCAAGGUCCAGGCGCGGCGGGCGAGUUACCUGAAGGCCACACAGCCGUCGCUCACGGAGAUGACGACACUCAAGAUUUCCACAGAGCACUCACCCAAGUUGCAGAUCCGGAGUCACAGCUAUCUGCGGGCGGUGAGUGAGGUUUCCAUCAAUAGGAGUCUGGACAGCUUGGACCCAGCAGGGCUGCUAGCCUCGCCUAAAUUCCGCUCGCGAAAUGAGAGCUACAUGAGAGCCAUGAGCACCAUCAGCCAGGUGAGCGAGGUGGAGGUGAACGGGCAGAUCGAGGCAGUGUGCGAGUCGGUGUUCAGCGAGAUGGAGUCGCAGGCCGUGGACGCCCUGGACCUCCCCGUGCCCAGCUGCUUCCGCAUGCGGAGCCACAGCUACGUGCGUGCCAUAGAGAAAGGCUGCUCGCAGGAGGAGGAGGAGGGAGGCGUCGCAGUGGGCAGCAGGAGGAGCAACUCGCCGCCGCGCACAACCACCACCGUCAGGACCAUCCAGAGCAGCACAGUGUCAUCAUGCAUCACCACCUACAAGAAGACACCUCCCCCAGUCCCACCACGCACCACCCCGUCCAAACCCUUCAUAUCCAUCACAGCCCAAAGCAGCACAGAGUCUGCCCAGGAUGCGUACAUGGACGGGGGCUCCGGCCCUCGGACAGGCAUCAGCUCCCAGCAGGGCCUGUCCAAUUCCACAGAGAGCAUCGACAGCAUGAAGGCCCUGACGGCGGCCAUCGAGGCGGCUAACGCUCAGGUGCACGGCCCUGCCAGCCAGCAUGUCACCAACAGCACCAUCACCAUCACUGCCACCGCCUCUGCCGUAGCCCAGGUCUCCACCGACAGCAAGGCUCAGAGGGAAGCCCUCCGCAAGUGCCUCUCCAUAGGGAUCCAGGUGGACCCAGAAGAAGAGGGGCCCACGGAGGAGCAGUCCAAGUUCCAGUCAAUAGGAAUUCAGGUGGAGGAUGAGCGAUGUUACCGCCGGAUGACCCGCUCCAACAGCGUGACCACAGCUGUGCAGGCCGACCUCGACGACCCCGCAGACGCCUUAGAGCUGCCACCGCGUCACUGUGCCACCAUGCCGCGCCAGCACUCCCGCGACGCCGCGUCUUCCUCCACCGUCAGCAUCCAAGGCUCGGGGAACCACUACCACGCCUGUGCCGGGGACGACUACGGGGAGGUGGGGUUCGACCCGUCCAUACUGCCCCCUCCGGACCCGUGGAUGGACAGCGUGCCGGAGCCGGAGGCAGGCGCUUUGGAAGCUGUCAGCAGAUCCGUGUGCCCCCGCGACGGCCGCUGGUUCCUUAAGCUGCUGCAGGCCGAGACGGAGCGCAUGGAGGGCUGGUGUCGACAGAUGGGGCAGGACGAGAUGGAGAACGAGCUUUCUGACGAGAUCCUGGGGAAGAUCCGCAGUGCAGUGGGGAGUGCCCAGCUGCUGAUGUCCCAGAAGUUCCAGCAGUUCCGGGAGCUGUGUGAGGAGAAUCUGAACCCAAAUGCACACCCAAGGCCCGUCUCCCAGGACCUGGCCGGUUUCUGGGACAUGCUCCAGCUGUCCAUCGAGAACAUCAGCCUGAAAUUCGAUGAGCUCCACCAACUCAAAGCCAACAACUGGAAACCUCUGACCCCCCCGGAAAUUCAGUGAGCUGCUUGUUGAGAAGCUACACUGCCUGCCUGCCAUGCACCGCUGGGGCCUGUCCAUCUCCAAUGGUCGCUUUAUUACCUCACGCAAUGACCACCGACAGUGCUCUCUUACCCCACGCAAACCGGAUGCCACCGCGAAACCGUAACCUCGUUCAGAGUUGCAUGCCCCGACAUAACGCCGUCAACAGCUACAGUGCUCGUUCUCUCUUUCUCUCUAACCCUCAUGCCAACUGGCUGCCGUACUCUUCUGUCAUUAAGACUAUUUGUCAUCCCGUCCAGGAGAGAAGGAUGCCGCCCCCCGUGCCAAAGAAGCCCCAGAAGGGCCACCCUCCCCUGGCGAGGGACCGCUCACUGGAGAGCUCCGAGCGCCAGCGCCUGGAGGCUCGGAAGCGCCUGCUCGCUGCCAAACGUGCAGCGUCA